AUGGAUUACGCAUGGAACGAAGAUUUGGAUGAGCUGGCACGGAAAAGUGAACAGUUACUGGAAAGAUCGCGAGAGCGUCGAGCUGGCUAUAAGCUCAUCGACUCAGAAAUCGUCAAGGAGGGACCCGAACCAGUCCCUCAAGCUUUCAAAGACCAGGUUCGCGAUAUGCUCGAGUCGCGAAACUCGCUCGAAACGUCGACGACACGGGAGCAUGAUCGCUCAGGAUAUGUCACGGAUGUUUCAACAGCAACUUGGCAAUUCUCAACACAGUCAUUCUCACCACGAUCCGUUGUGUCAGUGAAUGGUGCCCGAGACGAUAUCCUCAAGAGGGAUAAGGGUUGGCCACAUGUGGCUCGACAAUCCACAUCUGUAGCUGAUGAUUCUGGACAAUCUUUACGUGAACUACAGGAGACCUACGAUCGAAAAGUGGAGCGAUUCGCCUCUAUGCCAAUGUUGCAUGCAACGGAUCGCACUUUCAUACGAGAUGAUAAACCGAGGAGCAUUAUGAAGCGACGAGAACUUGAAACUAGAGAUCAGAUGCUGCAUCCGUCAGCUGAAAAUCAACUGGUCGAACAGAGACAGUAUCAUCGUACGCAGAGUAACGUCAGUGCUAAGCCAUCUGUCACGGAGACGGUGCAGCGUUUUGAAGAGACACGUCGUACAGAAGAGGUAGAGCGACGUGUUCAACGUAAAGAACGUCGUGAACGUCGCUCUAGACAUCAUUCUUCGUCACGUCAUCAUGGCUCACAUGGAUGGGAGAACGGCUACAGCUCCGGUAAGGGAACAUUCCUGUCUGUGCACAGCUUCCGUUAG